AUGUUCCCAUACGUCCACUUAUUGCUCCUACUCCUCUGCUUUCAUGGUGAUGGCAAGCAAGCAUCAGAGAACCCUUUCAAGCUUCAGUUGAAAGCAUGGAUGGGAGGAUCACCAGCUGAUGCUCCAUCGACGCAGCCAUCUUUGGCAAAGAAGAAAUCAGGAAUGAGCUUGAAAGUUCGAGUUUCCAAUCAGGAACGACGAGUUUCCUACAUAGAAAAGGACAAGUCACUCGAAGAGAUCUCCCCAAAAAUGGAACCCGAACAAAGGGAAUAUGAAGUUGUGCAAUUACGGCCUCCUGAAAAAGGCGAAGUUACUCAUUAUGACCCUGAUCUCAAGUCAGAAGCAGCAGCUGAUGACGUUGAAGAAAUGAUCUCAGCAGAGAUUCUGGAUGACACCGGUCGAAUAGGGCCUAUGUUUGAGGUGCGCGAUACAAUGAUCUUCCGUCCACCUCCACCACUGCCAACAAAAAAUAUCCUCCAUGCUCGAUUUGAUACC